UUUGAUGGACAUUUCACUUCCAGGCAGCCUUUUCCGCAACAGGAACGAGCUCCCACAGUACCGUGACUGUAUGGAGGAGCAGCGCUCUAAACAGGGAACACACUUGGCAGAGCAGGAAGAACCAAAACUUCCACAGAUCAGAGAGGAACAGGAGGAGGAAGAAGAAGGACUGCUGCAGUUUGCAGAGGAACAGGAGAAACCAGAACCUCCACAGAGUGAAGACCAGGAGGAAUUUGGUAGCAGCCAGGAUGGAGAGCAGCUGAUGCAGAAGUUUGAAAGUGAUUCUUUCAGGGAACCUUCUGUUGAGGAGGAUCUGAGUUACUUGAGUGAAUCAGUAGACAAUGAGCAGUUCUUCUCUCGUGACUCUGAAUUCGGUGAUGUGAAUGAAUACGAUGACUCAGAAUCAGCUACAAAUGCAGAGCUGAAAACAGUCAAUAUGUUUCAUAAUGACGCUGUGGAAAAGUUUCCCGUUUCAGAGCAGCAGGCUGGACAAGACCAGAUGCUUUGUGGUGAAACUAUCCGUAAAAAACGUAAAUUGAGUCAGAUCGUAGGAACUGUCUCUGGUAAUAAGACGGCCAUUUGUGUGAUCUGUGGCAAAAGUUACACUGCACAGAGUAGUCUGUUGGUCCACAUGAGAACCCACACAGGUGAGAAGCCGUAUUCUUGUGAAACGUGUGGGAAAUGUUUCAGUCAGCAGAGUGCUUUGCUGGUCCACAUGAGAACUCACACCGGUGAGAAGCCGUAUUCUUGUGAAACUUGUGGGAAACAUUUCAGUGCACAGAGUGCUUUGUUGUACCACAUGAGAACUCACACAGGUGAGAAGCCAUAUUCUUGUGAAACUUGUGGGAAAAGUUUCAGCCAGCAGGGCAAUUUGUAUCACCACAUGAGAACUCACACCGGUGAGAAGCCACAUUCUUGUGAAACCUGUGGGAAAAGGUUCUCUGUACGCACUGAUCUGACACGCCACAUGAGAACUCACACAGGCGAAAAGCUGUAUUCUUGUACAACAUGUUCCAAAAGUUUCAGUCGACAGGAUAAUUUGUUGAGCCACGUGAGAACUCACUCAGUUGAGAAGCCGUAUUCUUGCAAAACAUGCUCAAAAAGUUUUAGUCGACAGAGUCAUUUGUUUGGCCACAUUAAAACUCACAAGUGAGACGCCGUAUUCUCGUGAAUCGUAGAAAAGAUUUAGUGCUCAUAUUUCAUUGCUGCACCACAUGAAAGCUCCCAGAGAUGAAGUAGCACUAAGUUUCUGUUACUUGCACAUAUGUUUUCUCUGCUUACCGUUAUGGAACAUGGACAUUUUAAUAUUAGUGCAGGACUGUAUAUAUUUUGUUAUUCUAAGACAGGGGUAUCCAAAGUCGGUCCUGGAAGGCCGCAGCCCUGCAUGUUUUCCAUGUGUCCCUGAUUAACACACCUGAAUCUCACGAUGAUUCAUGGCCAAGUCCAGCAGAUAGCCAGAUAACGAGCCUCAUUGCAAUCAGCUGUGUUGAAGCAGGGAGACAUGGAAAACGUGCAGGGCUGCGGCCCUUCAGGACCGACUUUGGACACCCCUGUUCUAAGACAUAUACACAUUUUGGAAUGUUUAAACGGAGGUUGGAGAAAUGAAGAGUGUUGCUGUUAGGUUGGUUUAAAAGUGUUUUGGUACUUCAAAGAUUUCUAUUUCAUUCCUUUACAUUUUCACUUGAACAUGACUGUAUACUAUGCUCUGAAAAUAUGAAAAAAAGCAUGUAUAAGCAUUUGUAAACUUAAAUAAAAACAAUGAA